AUGUCUUCGCGUCUUGACUGGGGCUACGCGGACUCGACCGGUGUGCCGUCCCAAGCAGGCCUGAUUACGGACGCGCGCACGGCAUGGGACUGGGUCGCGGAGCGCGCUGGCAAGAACGGCAAGGCGGAGGACAAUAUCGUCGUCGUCGGACACAGCCUUGGUACGGGCGUCACGUCUGCGCUCGCCGGCCAGCUGGCUGAUGAGGGUGAGUUACGGAUGGAAUCGGGAGAACUGACGACCAGGCAUCUACCCGCGCGCGCUGACACUCAUCGCGCCCUUCACGUCUAUCUCGGAGCUGCUCGCUUCGUAAGCUAUGAGCCUCUGGUCGGAGCUGACAGCAGCUCGUCGGUGGGUCACGAAGAGCUGACAGCAGAAUACUUCAAGAGCCGUAACCGAACGCCGUUCAACUCAUACGAGGCCAUCAGCCGCACCCGCUCGCCGACGCUGAUCCUGCACUCGCUUAUUGACGAGAUCAUCCCUCCGUCGCACUCGCAGCGCAUGUUCCGCCAACUCGUGGCGCCGAACGCGACUGCCGAGGCCUCCGAUGCCGCCUUCAGCAAGGUCGACAUUGUCGAGUAUCCCGGCUGGGGCGUUGUCAAGACCGCGACCCGCGACGGCCUGCCCAUGAUCUACCUCGAGGCCGACUCGGGCGGACACAACAAGAUCGGUUGGGCCGAGGGCACGCUCGACCUCAUUGCGAAGAUUGCCGACCUCUAA